AUGCAAAUGAACUGGUAUCCUAACGAUGGAGCUGGUAGUGGAACUGGCAAUGUUUACGACGGUGGUGGUGGAUAUUAUGGAGGUGAAAAUAUGUCAUUUUAUGGUCCUCCGGCAAUGGGACCAACGGAUUACACGGAUAAACUCAAACCCACGGGUUUUGAUGGAACGUCGUGUUAUCCUGGAGGAGGAAGUUCUGUUGCUGGACCGAUACGAGGAGAUUUUCCCGGUGGUUUUGACGGUGCAGUUACAAGCAGUAAUGCAUGCCCAGUGUUACCCUACCAAAAUGCGAUUCAAGGGUUGGGACCUCUACAGCACCAAGCGCCAGUGGGCAUGUUAUAUAACCAAACCCAAAUGAUGGCGCCAACGGUAAUGGGUAGCAACAACGAUUACCAGCAGCAGCAGCAGCACCAUCAGCCACCUCAUGUUCCUUCCAGCAACCACCAUCAUGCCGGUGGUGCUUAUCAGCCCUUUUGUCAGGCACUUCCACCGCCAUCGCACCAACAGUCCUCGUACGGUACCGAAUUGGGUAAAUCGUCAGAAGUCGUGUCGCAGAAUUUGAUGUCCGGCUCAGGUACAGCGUCGUUUCUUGAGCAACCGUACGUAGCAGCAAAUUAUGCACCGUGUCAGGGUCCGCCGCCAUGGAACUACGCGUACUGCUACGGAUACUACGGUCAGGAACCGUGUCCCUUCGUGAAUAUGGUCGAUAUGGAAGACUUCAUGAACAAUGAAAAACGUAAGGAAAAAUCGCGUGAUGCGGCACGCUGUCGACGCUCACGUGAGACGGAGAUAUUUCAAGAUUUGGCCAGUUUGCUCCCGAUGCGCCCGGAAGAGGUUGAGCAUUUGGAUAAGGCAUCCGUUAUGCGUUUAUCAAUCGCAUACUUGAAGGCGCGCACUAUGCUGGAGCUGUUUCCAGAUAUCCUGUCGGGGGAUACAGUCAAAGUCAAGGAAGAUAAUGACGUUUCAAUGGAUUCUACGGAUGAGUUUAACUUCAAUGAAAGUAAGUUGAGCCUGAAAUCGCUUGGUCUGGAACCCGAAGCAAUAGCUCUCCAGACGUUGGACGGGUUUUUGAUGAUUCUUUCGGCCGAUGGCGACGUAACGUACAUUUCGGAAAAUGUCAGCGAAUACCUUGGCAUUUCUCAGAUCGAUAUCAUGGGUCAACCAAUCUGGGAUUACAGCCAUCAGUGCGACCAUGAUGAGUUGCGAGAAGCACUGAACGGGCGUCACCACUCGCCGUCGGAGCUGUUGAAUGGGGUAGCAAACAGCGAUUGUCGACCCAUGGAAAAUCGUGAUUUCUUCCUGCGGCUGAAGUGCACACUGACUAGCCGCGGUCGCAGUGUCAAUAUCAAAAGCGCUUCGUACAAGGUGCUUCACAUAACCGGUCAUAUUGCGUGCAAAGAUAAGGAGGGCCAGCGUCAGCUGGUAGCUAUCGCCCGUCCUCUUCCGCAUCCGGCAAACAUCGAGGUACCGCUUGGAUCGAGCACGUUUCUCACGCAACAUACACUGAGCAUGAAGUUUAGCUACGUCGAUGAAAUGAUGCUCUCCCUGCUUGGUUACCAACCAUCAGAUUUGCUUGGAAAAUCAUUAUACGACUGUCACCAUGCCACGGAUGCAGAGCAUUUGAUGGCUACUUUUAAGCAUGUCAUCAGCAAGGGACAGAGUGAAACAUGCCGCUACCGUUUUCUCGCCAAAACUGGUGGUUAUGCUUGGGUCGUUACGCAAGCCACCGUCAUAUACGACAAGCAAAAGCCACACAGUGUUGUAUGCGUGAACUACGUCCUAAGUGGUGUGGAGAACAAAGAUGACAUUUUAUCGUGUGCACAACUGGAAGCACGCCAGCAACUAUCGUCAGACGAACCAGAACAGUGUAACAAAAUCAGUAACAAAAGUGUCGUGUGUAGCAGCAGCGACCAGUUGUCAAUUGAGCAGCGUCCGGCAGCAAUUUCUCUGCCGUCGAUUGGCGGCGCAGAUCCUGAGCAAGUGAAAGUAGAAGAAACUAUACCAAUCCCAGUGCAAUCUAGCACUGCUGAAGCAUCGUACGUUGAACUUAUCGCCAAUAACAGUGCUGAACAGGCGAAACGCAACGAACCGUUGGCUGCAAGUGGUGGAAAAGUGUUGUUGUGUGUAAAGAACGAUACUCCAGCGGCAGUGUCGAGUGAACCUGUGCCCAAUACACGCAUCCUACGCGAGCUGAACAGCAUCCCUGCCGUACCGAAACCAUCGGCAGCAUCAGGAAGCCGUCCAGUAUCGGUGACGGCUUCAAUCUUUACCAGCCUCCCGUCCGGAGCAAGUGGUUUUGGCACAGAAAAAUCACGUGCUUUCAACAAACCAACAGUGAGCGGUACGCCAGCACAGCAGUCAUCGGCGACCGGAUCACCACAAUCCGUUACGGCGAAGCUGUUCGUAACGCUUCCUCCGGCAGUUGGUGGCGCUUGUACGACAAGCUGCAACCCCGGUAGUAACGGUGGAGUCAGUGGUAGCAAACCUCAGCACGCCACCGAAAAAAUAUUCGCCCCACGGACGGAAGAUAUGAAUAAAGGAUUCUUGAUGUUCUCUGAAGAAGAGCCUGGAUUGACCAUGCUUAAAGAUGAACCGGAUGAUCUAACGCAUCUGGCACCAACUGCGGGUGACGCUUGCAUUCCGUUGGAAGAAUCCGGUACCUUCUUCAAUGAGAUGUUCGAGGAUUUCAUCAUACCGGACAGCUACACGCUGCUCCAGGACGAGCUGUGCUCGCUAGACUCACAGGACACACGGCUCGAAGCGUCAACGAUAGUGUCCCAAUCCGGCACCAUCGGCAUACCGGUGUCCGUCAGCGACAGUCUUACCAAUGGCCUCAAUGUAACAUCAGUUACCUCUUCGCCACUUGGCUGUACCACUUCCGGAACGGACGGCGUACCGUCGCUUCUAAUUCCCAAUUCGGGUGCCGGCACAAAUGGCAGUCAAGCCCUGCAGAACAACCGAUCGCCCAACACGAACGCAUCGUCCUCGUCACCGUCAUCAGUGUCCCUGUCUUCGUCACCCGUGCCAUCCUCACCUAGCAGAUCCCACACCUCGUCCAAUCCUAACUCACCGUCCGGUACGUCGGGACUGGGCUCAUCCGCAUCCAGCACGAUUUCGACCAUCGACGGUCGACGCCAUUCGACCAUCGGUGGCAGUAAUCAUCAGCACAACGCCACCAGCAACGACCCUUUCAUCAAUUAUCGGGACGAAGUGAACGAAGUUAGUCCCUCGCCGCAUUUACUGUCGCCCGGCAUAUCGAAGAGUCCGGAAAGCAGCAGCUUACCAUCAUUAUGUAGCCCGAACGGUUCCCUGCCAGAAGAUGAACUUGCAUUUAUGAGCCUUAACAUGGACGAGCUCGAUCUGUCCAUGCGGGCUCCGUACAUCUCCAUGAGUGAAGUGGAUGAUUUACCACUGCUCACUUCGGACGACUUACUGUGGGGUGUACCGGCUGCGACGAUCGAAGGCAACAAUUCUGGUACAUCGAUCAGUGCGUUCGGGUUGUCGGGAAAAUUCUUCAUUAAAGACGAAUUCAACACAAUCGGAACAUCGUCGAAUGGUCCGGACAACAGCACACUAGGCGACCAACAGGACCCAUCGGCAGUACAACACUCCCUGACAGUGGAUAAAGAGCACAGUCUCAUCAUGAAUGGAGCUGACACGGGCUCGAAAAAUGCCUCCAUCACUUUGAACAGCAGCAAUGGUACCAUCGAACUAUCAGCAAACAAUAGCAAUAAUGACAGUAAAGCAACGCUGACAACUGCAGCCCCAGCGUCAAUUGACUCUAGCCUAGCGGCACUCUUAUGCGGGGGUACUGUCAUCAGCAUACAAUCGGAAAAGUCCAACGUAUCACAACAAUCGCAGCCCAUUGGCAAUCAGAUUCUGACACCACACGCUAAUAGCAGCCUAAAUGCCGGAAAUCAGCAAGAACACCAACGUACCAACAACCAGCCACAACAACACCUCCACGAGCAGCAAUUCCAACUUAACAGCGCACAACAGCGGCAAGAGGCGCCUGUAAACGGAAAGCGCAUCAAGCUUACGGAACAGAACCUCCACUCCAUGGUUGUGCUGCCAGCAAACGUUAAACUAUGCGAUACAUGGAAGUUUGACGAUUUGUUGCAACUGAACGGAACCGUUACUACCAAUGCAAAAGGAAUCACGCAACAAGGAACCGUACCGCAGGCCAACAUUAUCGCCUCUUUCGUCACCACCGCUGCGAAAAAGUCUGCCGGUUCGGCGAGUGUAAACGGAAACAAUAAGCGCACCCUAAGCGGUGUUAGCGAAUCCACCGGUGACACCGGAACCGGAAACAAUUGCAAGCGUCUCAAAUCGUCCGCCACAACCACGCCAUCCUCCGCACCACAGCUACUGCAACAACUGAUGGCACCGUCGCCAUUACCACAAAAGCUAAAGUCUAAGUCCCGAUCCUCACAAGAUGGUACCGCCGGUGGACGCUGGCCAAAUGGACACGCGGGCGCUAACGGUGGACUGCUGCAGGAACAGUCCGGUAACUCGGUGCUGAUGAAUCUGCUCGUCAGUGGUUGCGAUAAAACUAUCCCGCUGACACCACCGGAAGUUUUAAUCGAAAAUGCUACCGAAUUUUCUUCCGAUGGCAACGAAAUGCAGUGUGACAAUGGCACUGGAAACAUGCUUUACGGUCUUGGUGAUGAUGACGACGGUGGUGGUGUGUUGUUCAGCUCAACGAAUCCCCUGAUCGGUGGUCAACGACCACUAAACGAUCCGAUCGCUCGGCCGCUCACAAUCCAAACCGAUUCCAUCCUUCCCGGUACGAUCGGGAACGACGGUGCUGUACAAGGCAACGCCGGUUCCGAUCGCUUCCGGUCGGGCAAAUUGUACGCCACCGCUUCAGCUACCUCAUCAAACCAGCCGACAACGAUCGCCACCCCGAUGGACGAAUUCUCGAUGAUCGUUUCGCCGAGUUUGCUGACACCGACCGAUAUGGAAAUUUGGCGCGCCAUCCAGCAGGGUCAGCUCGAUCCGAAGAAAAUAACAUCGGUGUACGGUGCUGGUACGACCGGAAGCCACAUUCCGAAGUCACUGUCCAGCACACCGACCGCACACCUUUCGGCCGAACUGCUCGGUGGUGAUGGUUCGGAAGCAAAUCUACUUGCCACACUGGACGGAGAUGAGUUUGGCGGACUAGGUGAGCUGGCCGUUAGCAAGGAUCGUACCGGUAGCUUCCGAACGAUUGCGGCAAACGACGGUGGAGCAUUGCAUCAUCAAGGCAUGCUGAUUUGA